AUGGCACGAACCACUCGAUUCUUCUCUUGGGCGAGGGCGCACGUGUUCCUCCGCUACCGCUUCUUCACAAUGCGAGCGCAGAUGGCUUCCUCCUCUGCGGCCGCCCGCGCCGCUGCCAUUCUCUCGGAGCCGCCGCAGGUCGCCGCCCUUCGCUGCGGGAGAGCCGAGCCGCCGCAGGUCGCCGCCCUUCGCCGCGGGAGAGCCGGAGCCGCCGCCCGUCGCGCGCCGGGGGAGCCGCCGCAGGUCGCCGCCCUUCGCCACGGGAGAGCCAGAGCCGCCGCGAGCGACAAAGAUAUACUUCUAAAAACAUUGCAUGGUGUUCGAAGAUAUUAUGCAUACCGCAAAGGCCUUCUGCAACUUGACUUUAUCAAGUGGAACAGUAACCCCGAGGAAGUUUUAAAACAGAUUAAAGAGUCAACUAGAUGGUCUGAUGAGCUGGAUGAUUAUGAGCUACAACUUGGUUUAAAGGGUCAUAUGAAACUUUUAAAGAGACAUAUCAGUGAAUUGGACACAACUUCCACAAGCAGCAGCAUGCCUGAGGUUAGAUUAGUAUUAAUCUUUGUCUUGAUAAUUAGAGUCAGACAUACAUCUGCUGCUCCCUGGCUUCUCAUCUGGUUCUUUUGUCCUCGAUUUCUUUCUGAAGGCCAUGCUCGUAGUUUUUUCUCAGCUACUCAAGAUGUUAGCACUACUCUUCUACAUUUAGCCUGAAAUGGGAAGUUGUAGACAUAGGUUGUGGAAACUUGAGAAAUAUUUGAAUGGUACUUACUAAGUUCAUUUGAGCACUAGCUCUUCAAAUUGAGGAGGGAGAAUAAGUGAUUGGUUUGGGACUAUAUGUGCAUUGCAAAGGGCUUCUCUAAUUAUUUUAAUUCCUAGAUCUGGUCUGAAGAGAAGCUUAGUUCUCUUAUAAUCAUUUUCUAUUCUGUACUGAAAUGGAACCUUCAUCUUGCAGUAUUCUGUAGUAGUUGAUGGAAGUAGAGAAAGGUUGGUUGAUGAUGUAUCAAAUAUUAAAUAAGUAAAAAAAUUGUGCACAUUAUAGUACUGAUAACAUGGUAUUAGACCGACAAGGUUUUACAGCGCAGAUAAAACUGAUCUCCGUUAGGAUGUUUUCCCCAAAUGAGGUAUCGUCCUUCAAGUGAGUUAUUUCUAUUGAUCUCUAUGAUAAUUUUUCAUAAAUCAUAUAUUAGUCGAAUUUAAUUGGUUUGUACAUGUACAGGUGCCACUGAUUACACCAUUCGAUGAGUUCGAUUUGGUAGGAUCAAUGUUGUUUGUUGUUCUGUUCCAUGAUUCCUGCGAUUUUUUGUGUUUCAUCAAAGGUGGUGUGGCUAUGAUACUAAGGGAGACUUUGUGGCGGUGUUUCAGGAUCGAUAUCAUUCAGUAGUGCCUGACCAACAAAGUGUGCUCAACUUUUGGCUUUAAGAGAUUAGCUUCAAGAGAGCAAAUGAGUAUGACGAGCACUGAUUGGUGAAUUCAGAAGAACAAAAGGUUUUCCAUGUGUAGUUGUAAACAGAACUCCCUCUGUACUGAUACAUAUUUUUUUUCAAUUAUUUUCAGACAGGUCGGGCUUUCUAGAUCGGAAGGAUUUUUUUUAGCUUGGCCUUUGAGUUUCAUAAAUUCAGAAUAAGUUACUACACCUGCCGUAACUGGACAAAUCAUGCAUGUACGACGCCAUGCUUGUGCCCUUAUUCCUAGAGUAUUUCCAGCUGUUUUCUUAGUCGUUCAUGCUCAAUCAGGUGAGUCUAUUUUUCUCCUUUUUUACAACAAUUUGAACCUCUCAAUCAGGGAAAGAUAUGCCCAUCAUCAAUGCACUUUUAUUCGGUUUUGAGGAGAAAUGAGUAGUAAGUGCGCUAACUAAAUUUGUCUUCUGUUCUAUGCAUAGAUGCCGUGCGAAAAUCAGCUGCAGCAACUAUUGUUUUUCUUUUGCUGUUGGGGAAUGAGGACUCUAAAAUGGAUGGAGGAGGAGCUGUAGUUCAGCAGCCAAAUACAGCAGGC